CUGACGGGUCCUGUGAACAAAGCAUUCACACAAACUCGUCUCUGAACUGGUCAAUGUCCUUCUUGUCUAUAGAGACAGGUUAACACCCACAGCGGGGACCAAGACAUUUUUGGGACCUAAAGGAACAUGCAAUCAGAAUUUUCAGAUGACAAAAUCUGACUUAGCUUUUGUACAGAGCUCUUUCCAUCACACAUUGGAGGGAACAGCUCGUGAAGAGUGUUUUCAGGCCAUGAAUGAAACACAAGGUUCAAACUCAACCCAUGAAGUUACCACCGACAAACGCAAAGUUUCCUUGAUUGUGGCGAAUGUGUUCCUGGUAAUAAUAAUACUUUUCGCUGUGUUUGGUAACAUUCUGGUUUGUUUGGCCUGUAUCUUGUCUAAACGACUUCAAAGUUUCACCAGUGCCUUUAUAAUCAGUUUAGCGGUUACUGAUAUUUUAGUUGGCGCAAUAUCUAUGCCAGUUUGGCUUUCUGUUAACCUGACAGGCAAACCAGACGUCACUAACUUCCCUACGUUCUACACGGUUUGGCUGUGUUUUGACAUCAUCUGUGGAACGGCGUCCAUCAUGAAUCUUGUCUUUAUAAGUAUCGACCGCUUUCUGGCUGUAAAUCAUCCACUUCGUUAUCCAACAAUAGUCACACGACUCCGAAUCGCGAUCGGAAUAACCUUCAUUUGGAUUUAUUCUAUAACAAUUGCAGCCAUACAACCAAUCAAAUGGCCUAGCUACCCGUUGUUCGUUUCUCUGGCUUCUUUCUUCGUUCCUCUGUUGGUCAUGGUAAUCGCAUAUUCUCGUAUAUUCCAAGUCGCUUUAAUGCAUACUCGUAGCAUUCGUCGUGUGCACCCGAACCAAUCGAUAACUGGUCGCACAACAGCGGAAAGAUUCCAUCGUGACAUCAAGGCUGCGCGAACACUCAGCAUUGUAAUCGGUGUUUUCAUUGCAUGCUGGUGUCCGUUUUUCGUGGCUAAUUUGAUCUUUAGGUACUGUAAGUUAUGCAAAGUUCCCAAUGAAGUUUAUUCCAUGAUUAAAUGGUUACACUACGGUAAUUCGGCUCUGAACCCGCUUAUAUACAGCUGUUUGAACACAAACUUCAGGGCAGCCUUCAAAGAUGUGUUAAGGAGAAUCGGUCUGAAUGGCAGAAUGACACGUCAGACUGAUAGCUUCACUACGCGGAAUGUUACAACUUCUGCUAACAGCGGACAAGAUAUGCACUACAGACUUUCUUUGCCAACUCAGUAACUCCAUGGCAUUAACUGAUAAAGCUUACUAACAUGCUGAACGUGCAGAAAAGAAAAUACUUCUAAUGAUGAGCGUGUUUGACAGGCGGAAAGGUGGAUAGGAAAGACGACGACAGAAAAAAUUCACUUUUCCGCUACCACCCUGACACAGCGGUCAAAUGUUAGGCACGCGCACGGGGAUCAAUUUUGUUUGACAAGAAGCGCGCCUGUUUCCCGCGCAAAAUUUCAAAAGGAAAACAUACGUAAAGGCCGCUGUCACGCAAAAUAUGCCAACCCUAGCCUUGGAGCUAAUUGUAGAUCUGAAAAUUUAGGGUGAAAACGACAACAUCCACUUGUUAAUGGUUUUCUUUCUUCUGAUCACCACUCUGGUUGAUGAUGUAUUGAUGUUGUAGGGAGAAAAUACUCAUUGGUCACUUUUGGCAGUGAAAGGGUUAUUAUAAAGUCAUCUGAAGUAUUCAGACGUAUUUCACUUGAGUCAGGUAAAGUAUUUCAAUGUAAAAUAAUGCUGUCAAGUCAUUGAAAUUAUUUUAAAGGAGUUACCAUGGUAAUUUGAAUUCUCUUUAGCGACGAGCUGAAUAGCUUUUAAAUGGAUUACAGCCUGGAUUACCAAGUCUGGAGUAUGAAAACGCCAGAAACGUUUGAUAAAUAAAAAAUGGAUAACAUUAAGGAAGACCAAGAUUAGCAGAGGCUGCAAUCGAGUAACUUGGAAAUUUACCUGAAUUAGUUAGGAUGAACAAAUCAGGCAAUGGGGUUCCAUUUAGUGUUAGUAACUUCUGUAAAAAUAAUUAGGGUCACAGUUGUCAGCGUUGGUCGGUAAUAGUAAUAUCGCCGGGGACGACACAUAUUAAGAGUUUACUAAUACUGAAUACAUUUAACACGCCUUCAAAAUAAGAAACAAAACAAAACAAAACAAAACAGUUAAUUAAAAUCUAACACCAAUAGGAGAACAGUAAAAGUGUUAAUCUUCUUCUGAUAAAAUUGUGUACGCAAACUUUUGGUAUCUAUCUUUUUUAUUUUUACUGAGUGCUAUGAUAGAAGUUAAUUUUAAUGGCCCUGCUGGGUCGUCUCGCAGACUUUGCUACUUCCCAUGCCCAGUUUUGAUUUUGCUUUUGCUUGAAUGCUGAUAUUUCUCGACACAGGCACAAAGAGUAAGUAGACUUGAUUAUUCCUGUUCUCAGUUCUGAUUUUGUGUCAAAUUUAUCCACCUUGCCAUAUCUGUGAUUCACUUUUUUUACACUUAUGGGCCUGGUUGUGGUCUCUGGUUGUUCAAAGCACGAUAGAGCUAAGCAAGGAUUUGGUCGCCAACAAUUUCUGAUUUAACUCUGCAGCUUUGAUGACAAUUUUGAGUGCAGAAAUGUUUUUGUCAGUUUCUUCUCAGGCUAAGGUAAAACCACCUAAAAAAAUAAGCGCUAACAUACCCUCUAUUUUCAAGAGAAUUCAAGGACAGGAUUAGAUUAUUUAUAAUCACCUUUCAAACAACAGGGCAAUGGAAUUUAAAUCUCCGGGCAAAAGGAAAAGACACGUCUGUUUACGGACUUUGCCUAACGCGCCAAUGGAGACUUAAGUAAAAAAAACUAGCUUUGCGCUGCGGCCGGAAAGUCAGGGAAAACAUGUUCGUGUCUGGCAAGUCUGUGCAAUUCAUUGCUAUAAGUUUAAAACAUUAAGGAUGUAAAGCCAACUGGGACUUCCUAAGGUUUUCAGCGGGAAUCCUCUACUCAGUUUCUCAAUAGAAUCUAGUUUUUCAUAUUGAGCAUAAAAUAUAAAUCAUCGUCGCCUGUCCUUCAUUCUUCAUCGUUUGCUUUGAUAAUUUAGUCGUAAUUUCUCU